AUGGCUCUCAAUGGUUGUUCCAUCUGGGGCUGUGCCAAAGCUCUUCAGCCUGCAACUUCUACACUGAGUUUGAAUUCAAAACAUGAUCUUGGAAAAUGCGGCAAGUGGAGACGUUGUUGUUCGAGUGUUGUGAAUGGGGUUGAAUCAUCUUUCCAAUAUGCUGACAGGGUCCAGGUUCAGAUAACCGAGUUAGACGAUGGGUUUCACAAAGAUCUUAAUAUGCUUCCAAAGCCAUUAACAGCAAAUAAGUUUUCUUCUUCAAGAGAUGGGACAAAGUUGUGCGUUGCUUAUAAGGGCCUUGCGGGAGCAUAUACUGAGGAAGCAGCUUUGAAAGCAUAUCCAAAAUGUGAGACAGUGCCAUGUGAUGACUUUGAGACUUCACUCCAGGCUGUUGAAUCGGGGUUAGUGGAUAAAGCUGUUCUACCCAUCGAAAGUUCUGAAGGUGGAAGCAUCCACCAUAAUUAUGAUCUACUUCUUGAUCACAAGCUACACAUUGUUGGGGAGGUACAGUUGCUAAUUAACCACUGCCUCUUGGGAUUGACCGGUGCGACAAAAGAGAACCUAAAAUUUGUACUCAGUCAUCCUCAGGCUCUUGUUCAAUGUGAGAUGAUGCUUACUGAUUUAGCUGUUACCAACAUUGGUGUAGAUGAUACUGCUGCAGCUGCUAAGGCUGUGUCCUUAGACGGAAGAAGGAACAUUGGAGCUAUUGCAAGUUCAAGAGCAGCAAAACUAUAUGGUCUCCACAUUCUAGCUGAAGGAAUCCAGGAUGAUGACAAUAUCACUCGUUGUUUGAUACUUGCGAGGGAUCCUAUUCUUCCAGAAACUAACGGUUCAUACAAGACUAGCAUUGUUUUCAGUCUGCAAGAAGGUCCCGGUGUACUAAUGAAAGCCCUAGAAGUCUUUGGCCUGAGGAACAUUAAUUUGUCAAAGAUAGAAAGCCGUCCAGUGAAGCGUUACCCAGUAAGGCUUCGUGAUGAUUCUAAGUAUGAGAGUAUCAAGUACUUUGACAACCUUUUCUACAUUGAUUUUGAAGCUUCUAUGACAAAUCCAAAUGCACAACAUGCUUUAGAAAGUUUGCAGGAAUAUACAACAUUUAUUCGUGUUCUGGGUUGUUAUCCCGUGGAUAAAACAGACAUAUCUUGUUAA